AUGGAUGCGUGGCACCAGCCGCACAGCUGCCGUGGAGGAGGGCCACGGCUUCCCGGCGUCGCCCUUGUCGCCAGUCUCCUUCUACACCUGUGUCUCCUCUCCCCAGCAAGCGGCGCCCCCCUGGCCCGCCUCUCCGAAACCCGUUGCUCCCCAAGACCGCGCCUCGACCGCCGCGUCGAAGGCGAACAUGUCAUUCUCGCCGACUGCAAGGCCGGCGACGACCUGACCGCCACGCUCUCGUCCCAAAUGGCCUACUUCACCGGGGCACCCGGCCCGUCGCCCAGGGACGUCGCCGUCAUCGCGACCAAUCCCGGCGAGACGGCGCUGUGGGCCAACUCGAACACGACCGGCUUCUUCACCACCUCGAGCGUCACCUUCACCGCGAACCUCGGCCCCCGCGUCGACGAGGGUCAGUUCGCCGGCACGGGGAACAACGGCUACGGCGACUUCAGCUGUUACCAGCGCUACGUCAAGAACCUGUACAAGUACGGCAACAACGUCUGCUCGCAGGUGUACCUGUGCGACCACAGCCACCCGCCGCCGGGUGGGGGCUCCAAGUCAAGUAGCAGCAUGUCACAGGGUACCAUCAUCGGCAUCGCCGUCGGGGUGGUAGGCGGGGUGCUCUUCCUCGUCGCCACGGGCCUGGUGAUCUGGUAUCUGCGGCGGUCCCGCCGGGCCCAGGCCGCCCGUACCAUAACCGCCAGCGAGCGGAUGUCGGCUACGCUCUCGCCCGGAUCUGAGUUUGCCGAGCUCAAGGCGCAGAGCCCGGCGGUAGAGGCAGCAGCUAUGCACGAGAUUUACGAGAUGGACGGGCGGCCGCUGCGCAGCGAGAUGGCCGAUGAUACCGGCAAGGUCGAGCUUGACCCGAGCGGUCAUGGCAACGCUGAGCUGGAUCCGGCGGCAGCCAAAGGGCAGGGACCCUCUUCGGCUGCUACGGAAAAUACGGAUCUAAAGGUGGUCUCACCGGUCAGUCCGCCGGUCUUGGACUCCCCUCCAGGUACUCAGCCGCCGAAGUCGCCUCCUCCAGAGUAUGCUAGCAACUCCUCACCGGCCGCGGCAGCUCUUGCCGGAGCCAACUCCUUAUCCAGCACGCGGUCGGGGAUGAAGUGGGUAUUAAAGAACCGGAACACGUCGCCCCUGACCCCUCGGAAGUCUCCCAACCUCCAACCCAAUUGGGACAUGCAGCCACCGCCAGCGCCACGGGCCGCCAUCCGGCCGCUCCUCGUGCUCGUCGGGCUCGUCAAUCUUGCCUGGAGCCUGUACCAGCUCCCGGUUAGCCGCGUCGUCGAGAGCCGGCUGUGCCGCGAACAUUAUGCGGCUCACGACCCGUCGGUCCUUCAUCCGGACGGGUCUGUCUCGGAGGAGCUGUGCAAGAUUGACGACGUGCAGCGCCGGCUUGGGCGCAUCCAGGGCGUCAUAGAGGCGCUGUGGGUUGCUGGCGACUUUGUCAUGACAAUCCCGCUCGUCUCACUGGCCGACCAGUAUGGCUAUCGUGCGGUGCUCCGCUUGAACCUCAUCCCCCGUAUCUUCCUGCUUGCCUGGACGUUUGCGGUGGGCUACUUUGAUCGGCUGCCCAUCAACGCCAUCCUGGCGGCGCCUACACUCUCGUUUCUGGGCGGGGACUGUGUUUUCAACUCAAUCGUCUACUCGCUCGUCUCGGAGCUGACUGAUGACCACGUCCUUCGUGCCACAUUCUUCGGCUACGUCAACGCCGUCUCGUCCAUCUUCUCCCUCCAGCUCGGCCCUGCUAUAGCCGCCGCAUCCAUGAGCUCGCUCCUGUGGCGGCCUCUCUGGAUCGGAAUCGUCCUCUUGCUGCUCGCCAUCCCCCUCAUAUACACCCUCCCUUCGUCAUCGUCAACCAACCCCAAGCUCCAUCCUCCCUCAGCAGACGAAGGAGACGCCCUCAUUCCCCGCCCUGCCCACAACCUAAAGUCCACAACCGCACGCCGCUUCCGCACUGUCCUCUCGCUCCUGGCCAACCCAACCCGCAACUUUCUGCUCUUGCUCUCGGUCUUCUUCCUCUCGUCCCUCGCUUCGUCCGACACCAAGCUGCUGCCGCUCACUGCAGAAAACAUCGCCAACGCACACAUCUGCCUCGUCUUUUCCGUCCUCGGCGCCCUGGCCAUCGCCGUAUCGCCCGCCAUCUGGGCGCUGGUGGCUGCCCUGCUGGUCUAUGCGUUGGGCAUCGCCUUGCCCAUGUUCACCUACUCGCUGCUGAAGGCGGCCGGCACGGGCUUAGAACACCAUCAACGCGAGGACGCCUCCGGGAUGCAGCUCUUCUCGGCAGUGAUGCUGGUGCGGACGGUCGGCACGCUGGUCGGGGCUGUCGUCAUGCCCAGUCUUUGGGUGGCGGCGUUGGGCGCCGGCGGUUGGGCUCUAGGCCUGCCUCAGUUCGCUUCCAUCUUGAAGCGGACUGGCUACGACCUCUGCGACGCCGACUGCAAGCUGAACGGCGUCCCCUUCCCCGACAAGCACACGCUGCAGCUGCCCCUGGACAACUACCGGUCCGAGCAAUGCCCGGGCAUCUUCGUCGGUGACGCCAGCGCCCCCACUGCGACCUCGAGGGUCUGCCUUGAUUUUGUCGGCACCAAUCUCUACUUCAACUUCUCUUCCUUCCCCGGCUACACGUACAAGAAGGCUUCCGUUACCUGGAAACAGAAGGGCAACGCCCUGACUCAGGACGCCUGGACCCUCCCGCCGCCGGAUAAGAGCAUUAGCUGCGGGCCCAACCCCUCGGGAGACGGCCUUUUCUGCAAGCUCCCCUUCAGCGACGUCCUCGGAGUGUCUUCCACUACCCCCGUCAAGGACCAGCUCACGGGCAUGUGCCCCAACGGCGACCGCGAAGGCCUAAUCCUCUACCUUCAGUUCUCGGGCGAAUCGGUCCCGCUCAACACCCAGUCCGGCCAGGGCUGCAACCGCUGGGGGUGGUACACGGCCCCGACGCUCGCCGAGCUGCAGUCGGGCAUCUCGGGCGCGCUGAUCGUCGGCGCGGGCGGCAACGACGUGUCCAAAGGGACCAACGUCGGGGUCUGGACGGCGACGGCCAAUCCUGCCGGCGGCGUCACGGUCAACUACCUCUUGAACCCGCCGUACGUGCUUGACGAGGUCCACGUCGACCUCGCCUGCCUGCCCAUCGACAAGUGCGCGCCGGGGUCCUACACCUAUGGCAAGGACGGGCUGGCGGGUGCGCCUCAGCACACGGUUGGCCCGCUGCAGUAUCCUUCCUGCCGGGGUGGGUCCAAGGCGGCGCUGAUUGUGCAUGCGGCCGUGGACUAUAUUGUGCAGGGGUCGGUUUGCCCCUCGAUUAAGAAGGUGUAG